GCGGGCGCCGCGCUCGAACGCGGGGCGGGAGAAGAUGGCGCUGCGCUCGCGGCUGCGGGAGCUCUUCCAGGACGCGCAGCCCGGCGGGGUCAUCACUGUGGAGGAGCCGCCGUCCCCCGCCGGUGCCUCAUGGGUCCCGCGGUCGCCGCCGGCGUCGCCGCCGCGGGGUCAGGGACCGCUGCCGAAGGACUGCGCCGUGUUCCAGUGCCGCAGUUGCUGGGCAGUGCUGGGGGACUCGCUGCACCUGUGCGCGCAGGAGGAGCAGCGGCUCGGCCUCCUCGUCUGCUUCAAAGUCACGAACGAUGUGACCUGGGAGGACUCGCUGAUGAUCGGCCUGGAGGGAGCCCUCCUGGGGUGCGCUUACAAUGCGUUAUCCUGUCGGUUAUGUGGCUUGACUGUGGGCUUCAUUCUUUAUUCUGCCUCCAAGGACCUGGCGUAUCUCCGAGGCUUAUUCUGUUUCUUCAAGGACAGGAUCCUCUGUUAUAUCUUAAAAAACCAAAUGAUAAUAGAAGCUUCUAAGGUGAAUUUUCCUACUGUGACCUUAAAGAAACAACUGCAGGAAGUGAAAGAAAAGCUUGUGAAGGCCCACAUUCGCAUAGAAUUGCUGAUGAAAAAGCUAGAGGAACUGGAACAAAAGAAUAAUGUGGCAGAAGGCAGAGCUCUGCAUCAGGUGCAGAUGGCCUACUGCCAAGAUAUGCAAUAGUCAGAGUCAACUAAUAAUAUGCCAUUUUCAAAAACUAAUGGAGUUGUUUCUGCAUCUCUGCUGAAUUUGUUCAUUGUGAUGAAACAAUGUACCAGAACAGGUUUGAGUGUUGAUCUGUCACUUCUAUCUGUGCAUGGAAAGAACCAAUGCUUAAGCGCAUCCCUUCAAUCUAAGGGGGACACCUGACAUACUGAAGUUAUGCUUGGAAAAAUGAAUAGCUCACCCGUGCAGCACAUCGCUCUCUGAGAUGGUAUAACUAUGACUUUGUUUCUCUUUAGUGACUUCAGGGGGAAAAACAGCCUUUGAAAUACUAAAAUCAGGUUUCUGGAACCAUACAAAACGUACUAACAAGAUGAUAUUCAAGAGGAGCUAUUAUAAAUUGAACAUUCUUACAGAGAUCUAAAGUUCUUGUCCUACCUUUUCAUAUGGAUACAGUGUUAAUGGCAGCUAGCUGUUGGUCAAGUGGCUCAUUAGCUGCAUCCGGUAUGUGAGGCACUGCUAAAUGAUUACUUCUUUUAGAUUUGCUUGUGUGUGUGGCCUGCAAAAGGACCAAGCUAGCAUGUCAUAGAAGCUGCACAGUGUGCUUAGUGCAUGCAUGUGGACGGCACAAUGCUGGCUGGAGCACAAGGUUUUGGAUUUCAAAUUUGGGCGCAAGCCAUGUGCCAGCCAAGUCCUCUGGAAGUGCAGCCCCAUGACUCCACAGGACUGGGUCAAGUUCUGGCAGCUCCGUAAAGCUUAGGCUGUGAGCAACUGCCUUUAACAGAUUUGAGCCUUUCUUUCAGGGGCUGAAGCUGUGAAACCAAGGAGCGGUCUUCUGUUCAAUCGUGGGAACGCUGCUCUGCUUAAGUUGUGAUGAUCUGCUUGCUGCCUUCACUUGGCCAAUCAAGAUGUUUCAUAAAAAAUACCUAAUGGGUACUUCUUGGCAUUUCUGUUUUGUUUGGAAAGAAGCAGAACCCAUUCAUCUAGAAAUUUGAUGGAAAAGAAAGAAUACUACUUACCCCUUGUUAUUGGGAUAGAAUAUCCCUAAUUCUUGUUAGUUUGAAGAUUAAGGGUCCUUUACCUCUCCCUGUUGUUCCCUAAAGGGCUGAUGUUUUAAAUCUUCUAUAAAGUUUAGUAGUUGUCUGUAGUAGUCUGGAGAGGAUUGUAUUUACUUGAUCAACUUAAUUCCAGUGAUGCAAUUUGCCAUUCCCUUACUUCCAUAUAUGAUUGGCAGAUUGCACUCCCCAUUCUUGCUGAUGCCAGUCUUCAUGUAUUUCAUGGUUUUAAUUGUUUUAUUUGUAAAAUAACUCUUGUAAUGGGCUUGGAGCAGAACAGACAAAAUUCACUGCAAGCCACUUCAGAGGCUUUAGGUGGGUAGCUGGUACUUGUACUACCAGUAAUGUUCACUGUGCUGCUUUUUGAUUGAGAGUUCCGGGUUGUCUCAAUUAAUUCUGAUUAAGCAGUAACAUAGAGUAGCAACAGCCAUUCUGCAGGGAGAGGAGGGACUCUCUCUGUUAAAUUCUAAUACUGUAUGCUAUCUAAAUUAUUUUUAUUGUUUUACAAAUUUGACAGGUAGGAGAGUGCAGUAACUACCUGAAGUAAGUGUUACACUCUUGUAAGAUCUGCUUCAUUGCCUGUAAUGGUAAAUGUUAUCUUCUCUAAAAUGAGCUCUAUCCUGAACCUCUAACUAUAAGGUUGUUCUUAACAGUUGUCACUAUAUGCAUGUAAAGUUUGGAUUUGCUGUAUUUGAUUAAAAACUUCUUUGUUCUUAAUAAUGAAAUACAGUUGCAGUGACUUCUGCAUUACGUUUAAGGGCCUGUUGGUCUUUAA